AAAUUCUUGAAUGACUCUACCGAUCAUGCGUCUCUCUUCUCCCAACAGGGCAAGAAAUGUCCUAACCAGGACGCCAUGAUUGUCUGGGAGAAUUUUGGGUCAAUGGAGGACACUGUAUUUUGUGGUGUAUUUGAUGGACAUGGUCCUUACGGUCACGUUAUCGCAAAGAGAGUCAGGAAUUUGCUUCCGCUCAAAUUAGGCUCUCACUUGGAGUCCUAUCUCUCAUGCGAAGAGGUUUUUAAAGAGAUCAGCCUCAACACUGCUGACAGAAUGACCUCUGACAGCCUUGUGCAAAUAUCUGCUAAUGGUGAAUCCCGAGUCUACAACAAGGAUCAGGAUAUGGUUCAGAUGCUGUUGACCUCGAUUGUUAAAGCCUACAGAUUCAUGGACAAGGAAUUGAAGAUGCAAGUGGAUGUUGAUUGCUUUUGUAGUGGUACUACUGCAGUUACUAUGGUUAAGCAGGGUCAACAUCUUGUUGUUGGAAACAUUGGGGAUUCAAGAGCAGUAUUGGGUACGAGGAAUAAAGAGAAUAAACUUGUUCCUUUUCAGUUAACUGAAGAUCUCAAACCAGAUGUUCCAGCUGAAGCAGCAAGGAUAAAGAGAUGCAGAGGACGUAUAUUUGCUCUCCGGGAUGAACCAGGAGUUGCCCGCCUCUGGCUUCCUAACCACAACUCACCUGGUCUGGCCAUGGCGCGUGCUUUUGAAGAUUUUUGCCUUAAGGACUUUGGUCUUAUUUCUGUGCCUGACGUGUCCUACCGACGCCUCACUGAGAAAUAUGAAUUUGUUGUCUUGGCAACUGAUUGGAUAUGGGAUGUAUUCACGAAUGAAGAAGUUGUGGAGAUUGUAGCGAAAGCACCAACACAUCUGAUCAGUGAACAAUCAACUUCAUGA